GGCCCGCUGAGUAAAUAAGCAGCCUUGAGUCCUCCCACGCCUGUCACAAUGACCGCACAGCCAAAAAGUCUCUCCAGUGCUGUUGACGAAUUCAAGGCUGCUUUUAUCCACUGGAUCGUCGAGUCGAACAUCCCUUUGAGUGCCGUCCAGCAUGACACCUUCCAACGCCUCCUACGGACCCCAAAUCAUAUCAUCAAUGCCAUCUUGCCAUCAUUCGACUGUGAAGCUUUGGGUCAUGGAUGACUUCAAGGCUAGUCAGAAGCUUAUCCAACGCCAGCUUCGGGCUGCCAAGUCAGCUAUCCACCUUAGCUUCGAUGCGUGGACCUCCCCUAGCCAGCGGGCCCUCCUAGGGAUCGUCAGUCACUUCAUUGACUCGGCCUGCUUCCAAAGACACAAGCUGCUUGCGUUAAAGCGCAUCGUUGGCCCUCAUUCAGGUGCUAACAUCGCUCCUUUGGUAAUGG